AUGGUUCGCCCUCGUGGUAGGUCCCAUCUGGGCGUGGACAUCCGUGGCGACACAAGUGCCCCCGCGAUGUCCACUAUGAAUGAUGUGAGCCCAAUAGAACCCGUUUCCUCCGACUCGAGUAAGCAACUCGACGCGCAUUUAGACAACUCCGCAAGCAAACCGCAUACAAAGCGCCGCCGCAAUCGUUCGCUCCUCCAUCGGUUCGCCGACACUUGUCUCAAGUACACUUGGCUACUGCCACUCAUCAUCCUUAUUUUUCUGCUGGCGCUCUAUGCCAUUAGUCCCAACCCGUCGAAUCCCAUGCACAGCGCAAUCUUCCUUUCCUACCCGCAGCCACCGAAGUACCCUGGCGGGCCCACCAUGUACGGAAAGGGCAAGAAAGAUAUCGCGUUUGUGGCAUUUUACACGGUGGUGCUCUCAUUCACCCGGGAGUUCAUCAUGCAGCAGUUGAUUCGUCCCUUGGCUACUUACUGCGGCAUUCGAAGCAAGGGCAAGAGGGCACGUUUCAUGGAGCAGGUCUACACCGCGCUAUAUUUCGGAAUCUUCGGACCGUUUGGCCUGUACGUCAUGAAGCGCUCUGAUAUUUGGUACUUCAAUACUACGGCCAUGUUUGAAAACUUCCCCCAUCGUGAACACGAGCCUCUGUUCAAGGCAUACUAUCUUCUCGAGGCGAGCUACUGGGCGCAACAGGCUAUCGUGCUUUUGUUACAGCUCGAGAAACCCCGGAAAGAUUUCAAGGAGUUGGUUGUUCAUCAUAUCAUCACUCUGUCGUUGAUUGCGCUGAGCUACCGCUUUCACUUCACGUACAUGGGCCUUGCAGUCUAUAUUACCCAUGAUGUGUCCGAUUUUUUCCUCGCGACUUCGAAAACAUUGAACUACCUCGAUGCAUACAUUACCAUCCCAUACUUUGGCAUGUUUGUCGGCACUUGGAUCUAUCUGCGCCAUGUGCUGAACCUGAAGAUCCUCUGGGCUGUCUUGACUGAGUUCCGCACCGUUGGCCCCUUUGAGCUUAACUGGGAGACACAGCAAUACAAGUGCUGGAUCAGCCAGUAUAUUACAUUUGGUCUACUUGCCAGUCUCCAGGCCGUGAACCUCUUCUGGUUGUUUUUGAUUCUUCGUAUUCUAGCCAACUCUAUCUUCAACAGCGUCACCAAAGACGAGCGAAGUGACGAUGAGACCGAAGAGGAAGUGUUGCCGGCUGAGGUUGAUACCAAGGCUGCCCUGGCUAGUGGUGUUGACUCCAAGCAGGAGAACCUAGCCCCGCAAACCCCCGAGCAGCCUGGUCCUCGGACGCGCAGCAGAAAGGCCUAA